AUGCAAUGCACACGCACAAAAGAAUCCCAGUUCCCACUAGAACUGAUCGAAGAAGUUCACAGGGCACACGAAGAAGCUGCCGAAGAGGAUACAUCUUCGCAAGAUAUUGAACCAUAUGUCUUUGUUGUCGUCCACGAAAAGCAGGGGCGCGAGGAAUCAGAAUUCAUAAUCGAUGGCGUUUUCCACACACUCAACUCAGCCAAUGCUCAAACGAUGAAUAUCUUUGAGUCUCAAUAUCCUGACUAUCCACGGUCCUGUUUCUAUGCACAGGGUACUUGGCAAUUAAUUGGAGAGAACUCGGUCGGCUGGUUUGGAAUUGCUUGGACCUAG